UGUUGACACAGGAUAAGUGAUUUUGACAUCAUAAAAGAAAUUGUUGUGAAAUGACAUUUUCCUCAGCCACUGCAGUUGAAAUUAGUUGUCAAACGGUGCACGCCUCCGUUUGCAUCUCCAUAGCAACUUGCCAUCAUACACACUGAACACAGCCAUCUGCCUCUCCACUGAUUUGAAGAACAUCAUGGAUCAAAUUGAGAGUUUGAAGUCUUUGAAUAAGAUACUGAGCAGCUCUCUCCCGUAUAAUUUAAUAAUGACCCUAGACCAAAUAGACAAUCUACUGACGAAUGCUCUGAUUGCAACAAAUCAUGUACAGAACUGUGCAAUGGUCAUUAUAAAAACUGGCAAAGUGGUGGGAACAUCCAAAGGAUUUAAACUACGCUUACAGGAUAUUCAAACACUCCAGAGAGCUUUCAAAAACGCAAAUGUAAUCCGAGAUGAUGGCAUUUACUUUCAGAAUGAAAAGUACAGCUGUGUCAGAGUCGACAAUCAUUCAGUGUAUGCUAGAAACGAAGGAAAAGGAAUGGUCAUAGUUAAAACAGCAAAAUUUCUGAUUGUCGGCACUUACAUUGAGGGCAUGUAUCCAAGUGUGUGUGUUGAAGCUUUGGAGAAAUUAGCUGAAUACUUCAAGUCAAAGGGUAAAUAAAAGGCCUGAAGACAAAUGCACUAUAUGCAUUGCAGACAUCACAAGAUUAUAAGAGAGGUUCAUGUGAAGAAAGCCCUUCAACUCAUUCAUCUCAUCCUUCCAUAAUAUCAGACCUACCAUCUUCUAUCAAAAUAUCAAGCUGCUUCUCAACUAUUAUUCCUUGAAACCCUUUCCAGCUGUUUAUUACCUUCAGGUGUAAAAAAAAAUCCCAAUGUCAGUUCUAUAGUUUACCUUCUCAACCCAAAUCUUAACCUAAUCUACAGUUUUCUUUUAGGAAAUAAUAUUAUGGGAUACAGUACAAAGGUAGUUCGGGACAUAUGUACAUGCGACCGCUAGGAAGGUUGAAGGUAAACUAGAUGGCCUUGGUCUUUUCUCGCUAGAGUUUCUUAUGUUCUUAUAAAUGUGUGGUUUCUUGUCCUGCUAUCCUGUGUAUCUGAAAGCACUGUUCUAGAUUUCCAUUCUCUGAUUCAUGUUUUAUAUAUCUUUAUAAGGUGCUUUCUGAGACUUCUCUUUGAAAUUAAAGACUCUAUCUUAUCUAAUAAUUCCUCGUAGCUCUUCUAACACUGGCAGUCAACCUCAGUCUCAUGAUUUACUUCCAACAAUAUAAAAAAUUAGAUUAGUUUAUAAAUCUCUAAGAAUUCAAAAGCUAGUGCAAGACUGAGAUAGAGAGAUUUCGUAUUGCAAAAGGGAUUAAGGGAUAU